GAUCGUGCAAAUCUAGGAGAGGGGGGACAGACAGGUCUGAUGGGGUCCAAUUUAGGAUCCCGAGCUCCCAGCUGAGGCCCCAUCCAGGCAGAGUGUCUCCAGCAUCUUGGGAUCCGGAAUUGGGCGAACUGGGAUGGUUCCCAGGCCAGAAGGGUGCUUCCGGCAAGCCCAUGGAGCCCCCAUUUUGCAGCAGGACCCCUCUCAGAUGUUCUGAGCCACCCUCCUCAACCCGGAUCUAAAACCUGGGACACAGCUAUCAGGCCUGCCUCUCUCUCUCUCCCUCUACCCCACCCCCUCUUUCUGGCGUCCAUCCCCUCCUCAACACCACCUCUGCUGCUGCCUCAGACUGUGGACCAGCACCUCUUUCCCUUCACUGCCAGGCCUGGGGAACGGGGUGAGCACCCCCCCAAAUCUGGGGCUCUCCCAGGCCGUGGCCGGAGUGCUCCCAGGGAGGAGCCCCGGACUCUGAGCAUCUGCUAGAGGCUUGGCUGAGGCCCCGUGGGGACUGUGUCUUCUGAGGACAAAAGGCGGCGGCCAGCAGGCAGACUGGGCUUGGGGUGGGGGGUGGGGGCUGGGGACCGGCAGCCAGGCAGGCAGACAGAUACCAGGGGCCAGCACUGGCCCUGCUCUCAGCUUGGCGGUGGCUUGAAGAUGGAGGUGGGAGUGAGGAGUGGGAAAAGCACCUGUCAGGACCCCCACCUGCCAGCUAGCUGGGCACCCUAAGUCUCGGUGCUGCCUACUGGUGUUCCCUAACACCCCUAGCCUGGCCAGUGCACCCCUAUGGUGCCUGGUUCCCCUGAUGCUAGCGAUUUAGAUCAGUCCAGCUGGGUCCACAGCAACAGAAGCAGAAGUAUCACUGGCAGACCAUCAUCGAGGAUCCCACAGUGUUGCCCAGGCUGUAAUUCUGGGGAAGCCACUUGAGCUCCCUCCCUGGAUUCCAAGACAACGCUGCUGAAGGAGCUCAGAGUGUGUCCUACGAGGUGUGCCACUGACCAGCUUAUUUAUUUAUUUAUUUAUUUAUUUUUAACAAGAACACUACUCACCUCUGGCUUAUGAUGGACCUGGAACCUCAGAGCCUAAGGCAUGUAAAUUUUAUUUAUUUAUUUUUUCCUAAAAGAGAGAAUGAAACAGAGAGACCAAGGUACUGCUCAGCUCUGGCAUAUGUUGGUGCUAGGGUUUGAACCUGUGACCUCUGGGGCCUCAGGCAUGUGCAGCUCAGCAAGAUACUGAUGGAGUCCCCCAGGGCCCAUCGAAUACCAAACUGGCUGACCCCGUAGGGUUGGGAGCAGCUUCUGCCCCUCAGCAUGGCCAACGCCACUGGCGAAUCUGAGGAGGUGAGCGGUGCCCUGUCCCCACCAUCAGCAUCGGCUUAUGUGAAGCUGGUGCUGCUGGGACUGAUCAUGUGUGUAAGCCUGGCAGGCAAUGCCAUCUUGUCCCUGCUGGUGCUCAAGGAGCGUGCCCUGCACAAGGCUCCUUACUACUUUCUGCUGGACCUGUGCCUGGCCGACGGCAUACGCUCUGCUGUCUGCUUCCCCUUUGUGCUGGCUUCUGUGCGCCACGGCUCUUCAUGGACCUUCAGUGCACUCAGCUGCAAGAUUGUGGCCUUUAUGGCCGUGCUCUUUUGCUUCCAUGCGGCCUUCAUGCUGUUCUGCAUCAGUGUCACCCGCUACAUGGCCAUCGCCCACCACCGCUUCUAUGCCAAGCGCAUGACACUCUGGACAUGUGCAGCUGUCAUCUGCAUGGCCUGGACCCUGUCUGUGGCUAUGGCCUUCCCGCCUGUCUUUGAUGUGGGCACCUACAAAUUUAUCCGUGAGGAGGACCAGUGCAUCUUUGAGCAUCGUUACUUCAAGGCCAAUGACACGCUGGGCUUCAUGCUUAUGUUGGCUGUGCUCAUGGCAGCCACACACGCUGUCUAUGGCAAGCUACUCCUCUUCGAGUAUCGUCAUCGAAAGAUGAAGCCAGUGCAGAUGGUGCCAGCCAUCAGCCAGAACUGGACAUUCCAUGGCCCUGGGGCCACCGGCCAGGCUGCUGCCAACUGGAUCGCUGGCUUUGGUCGUGGGCCCAUGCCACCAACCCUGCUGGGUAUCCGGCAGAAUGGGCACGCAGCCAGCAGGCGACUGCUGGGCAUGGACGAGGUCAAGGGUGAAAAGCAGUUGGGCCGAAUGUUCUAUACAAUCACACUGCUCUUCCUGCUCCUCUGGUCACCCUACAUCGUGGCCUGUUACUGGCGAGUAUUUGUGAAAGCCUGCACCGUGCCCCACCGUUACCUGGCCACUGCUGUUUGGAUGAGCUUCGCCCAGGCUGCUGUCAACCCAAUCGUCUGCUUCCUGCUCAACAAGGACCUCAAGAAGUGCCUGAGGACUCAUGCCCCCUGCUGGGGCACAGGAGCUGCCCCUGCUCCUAGAGAACCCUACUGUGUCAUGUGAAGCAAGCUGAUAGGCAGAUAGGCAAGGAGAAAAUCAUGGUCACUCUGAUGGGGCCAACAGAAAGGGAGGGGUGGGGCCCCAUCCGGGACCCUUUCUUUCUGAGCUAUUGUCCCUAGUCCCUCAAAUCACCCCCAAACCUAGGCAACUUUGCCAAUGCCUCCCCAGGGUUGAGGAAUUGGAAAGAGGCAUUUCUAGCCUGUCUCCUCUGCCUCCUUCUCCUUUAUAAUCUCUCUCUCUCUCUUUUCCUGCUUCCCUAGUGCCCCUCCCUCUCCCUCUCCCUCUCCCUCUCUCUUUUCCUGCUUCCCUAGUGCCCCACCCUUUCUCUCUCUCUCUCUUCCUGCUUCCCUAGCUCUCUCUCUCUCUCUCUCUCUCUCUCUCUCUCUCAGAAGUGACAAUUCAGAAAAGAACAAAACUGAACAUGCAGGUUUUUCUAACAGUGAAGGAGACAGGCUUUCUUGCUUUAAUGUCUCUUCUUCUGACAUUGUACAGAAGGGGGAAAUUUGUCUUGUAAAAUAGACUUCCAGAGUUAUUAUUGCCCUCCUCUGCUCCCAUGAACCCUCUCCUUCCAAGUCCUUUAGCAAGGCCUGGAUACUUAGGGAGAAAAUGAUCUGCUGACAAGAAGGACUGAAGUGGGUGUUGGGUCCUCUGGGAGCAGAGAUGUUUAAUUGCUAUGUUGUGUGCAAUGUUGUUUUAGGCUAUCCCUGGUCCCAAGCCCAGUCUCCUUUCUGUCCCCACUGUGUGAACAUCUCCGAAGUGUUUCUUGAACAACAGUUUGAGAAACCAGGAGGAAAGGGAGCUUAGCCCUGGUGAGGGGCCCAGGCUAGGUGAAGCUGCAUGCCUUGAGCUGAAGAAUCCCAAGCUUGACUGCAGUCUCUGGAGCUGACGCCUGGAUUCCUGGCCCCUGGCUCUUCUUCCUGAGAAUGAAAAUCUACUACAAUCCCACAAGGGCUAAUGUGGGUGCCACACAGGCACAUGUGGUGCCCCAAGAAAGUGUAGAGAGAGCUCUGAACUUAACAGAGCUGGAUUCCAGCUCUUUAGGAUCAAAGAGUAGAAUUCAACCCCAGAGUUGUCUCCUGGGCUCACACUACUCUCCUGAAGAUUACAAUUCUAUUUUGGCCUUGGUAACUCAUAGUGGUACACAUUCCAAGGCAUGGUGGUCCUGAAUCCAUUCCUAUCUAACCUCUUUUUGUCAUCCUCAAGACACUCUGUGGUAGCCCUUGGCCUUCUGGGGCCUCAGCCCCAAUCUUCCUUCCUCCUGCCAUCCUUAUCUUUACCCCAAAUGGAAUGGACUGCAGCCAGAUUCUCUAGGUGGGCUAUCCCAAGCCUCCCUUCCCUCCCAGGCAGACACCACUCUGGGCUCAAGUCAAGGACAGUUCUUGUGGACUGGUGAGCCAAACUGGCACUCAUUUGCUGGUCUUGCCCAGGUUCUUUGACGCCCCCCUCUCAUUUCCUGGGAGAGGGGAGAUGUGGACCCUUUCCUUUCCUUGUAAAAGCUUCAUCCUAAACUCCUUCCCUAACCCAAGACAUCCCCAGAACUAGGGAUUCCUUGACCUGAGAGGAAUAGGAAGUGUACUCCAGGCAGGAGUUUGGCUGUGGAAUGGCACUGGAAAAGCAAGCCAGAGAGGUUGAGAGUCUGGGGAUGGGGGGGGAGUACCUGUUCUCUCAGUGAUAGUGAUGGGGGUGCCUUUCCCAAGGGGUGGGGUGGGGGGACCACAGGGGUGGGGAUAGGUAGGGUACCUUCAGGAGGAUUUUCCUCCAUUUCUUUUUUCUAACUGCCUGGAUUCAUCAUUUGGAUUUUGUAAAUGGAAACUUAAAUGAACAAUGUUAUACUGGAUGUUUUCUCUUUCUGACUGUGUGUGUGUGUGUGUCUGUGUGUCCUGUCUGCAUGGCCACAUGGUCAAGCGAGACUGUGUUUCUGUGUGACUUUGUGUGGAGAAGCACUCCUGCUUGGUGCACACAUGUGAACAAAUGCCUGUAUAUGAAGACUUGUGGUGUACACACACAUACACACACAAACACACACACACACACUCUCUCUCUCUCUCUCUCUUAGUUGAGAGGAGACAAACUAGAGCAUGUGUGUACAACAGAGUCUGUUGGAGAUGGAACUUGAAAACUAUGGGUAUGUAUGUAGCAAGAAGGUACAGCCCUUCUCAUAGUAUCUUCCUACCUAAAUUCAGGUUUUGAACGUGGGGGUGGGGAACAGAAUACUACUUGAGAAUCCCUUCUCUCCACAAAGCCUGCAGCCCCUAAACACCACUCCCAACUCCUUUAUCAGUCUCCUCUCCAAAACCUAAGCAAGGUGUUCCUGAAAUUGGACCACCAUGGAGAACAGGGAGUGGGAAUUGGGAGUCAUACUUGGGGAACAGAUGAGGUUAGGAAAUACUCCUCCAAAGUAAUUACUUCUGGAAAGACUUCUUGGUCUUGGUCCAGAGCCUUCUGAAGGACCCGCUUUAUACAGUUGGGACUUUGGUAAGCUUUGAUUAAAUUCAGAGUGAGGGAUGUUACUGGGGAAGAAACCCAAGCCUGGGAGUCUACCCAGCCAGCCUGCUCCUUGGAAACUCUAUUUAUUCUUUACUUAUUCACUCAGAUGCAUAGAAUUGAGUUGACCAUACUCCUCAGUUCUUGACACACUAGAUCAUCAUUGGUCCAUGCCAGGUCCUUUUAUUAUUUAUUUUGUUUUGUCCCUUCAUCACCCAUCCCUGAUCCUAUCCUGCUUCCCACAAAGGCACCCACUCUCGUGUAUUUAACAUAUGUCCUUCCAAUCCACCGUCCAUGUGUUUAUUUACAUAUAUGUGUAUCUGUGGAAAAUAUACGGUAUUGUUAUGUGUUUUAAUUUACAUAAACAGUAUUGUACUAUAAA